UUUCAAGUUUUAAAUAUUAAACACGAAACACUUAUAAGACAGUUAUAAUCAGCCUACAUUAUAUGGUGACUAUUACGCACGUAGCCAUGAUGUGUGAAGGGUUUAUUGGCCUAUAACUCCUCAUUGGAAAUAAAACAACAGAUAAUUAUCUCUCACUACAGUCUUCUAGGAUUGGUCGGCUCUACUGUCAAUCAUACGCCCCAAGCCUAAACGGGAUGAAUGGGAUGUAGCCUACUCAUCUAUUCGCCGUAGUGCGCUCCCUCUCGCUCACACGCCUGUUGGCCAAGUGAUGGGAGACAGCCACCGAUACUUUGUUUUUACGCACAGGGUGCGGACACACCUGACCCGAGUAUCUUUUCGUUUCGUUUGGAAUUCCGUAUGAAUGGAGCUGGAAAUUAGGUUCAUUCAUCACUAAAUAAUAAGAAGUCCGUUAUAAGCAGCGUAUAGGCAAGUUGUGGAAUUAUGUCAAUUUCACCAGGAUUUUUGCAGUGGAAGAGGAGCGAAUAACUUUAGCCAAUAUGCGUUUUUGGAUUAUGACUCGUCUCGCCCGACUGUCCUAUGGAAUAUAGCCCAAUAUAUCAGAACCUGCAUUUGGUCUCAUCAUCCCCCGUGAAGAAUAAACUAUUUGUUUUCUGCAUCAUGUUGUCCCUGUGGGUGUAUAUGAUAUAUUGCUGCGUCGGAUACUGUUCAACCAUGCCAAGUCUGAUGGUCAGUACAGCCAGCAGUAAACAUUCACAACAUCUCGAAACAGUUGACCCUAACAGAACUCAACCCCGACUCCAAAACGAAGGGGACUUGGAAUCCGAACACCAAGAAGAUCCGUUAGAUUCUUUAGAUCCGUUAUUCGGCGCAUCAUCCAGGGACGUGUUAAAUAAUGAGAGUGAUUUGGACAGCAGAGGAGGGGAGGACUGGGAUGAGAUUCGAAGCGAGCAGAGGACGUUGGAUAAUAAUGUCGUGUCAAGUCUCUUUAACGUGUCAGGGCCGGUGGAGAGUAAGAAGUUGCCCCAGGCGAUUAUCAUCGGGGUGAAGAAGGGAGGCACACGGGCGCUGCUGGAGUUCCUCCGCGUGCAUCCCGACAUUAGAGCUGUUGGGGCCGAGCCGCACUUCUUUGAUCGGAACUAUGACAAGGGACUGGAGUGGUACAGAGACCGUAUGCCUGAGACUCAGGAGGGUCAGAUCACCAUGGAGAAGACCCCCAGCUACUACGUCACUAAAGAUGUCCCCGCCCGUAUCCACACCAUGUCCCCAGACACCAGGCUGAUUGUGGUGGUCCGAGACCCCGUCACCAGGGCCAUCUCAGACUACACUCAGACCCGCUCCAAGAAACCUGACAUACCCUCCUUUGAGAGCCUCGCCUUCAAGAACAGAACUACGGGUCUCAUCGACACGUCCUGGAGCGCCGUCCAGAUCGGGAUGUAUGCCAAGCACCUAGAACGCUGGCUGCAGUACUUCCCCAAGGAGCAGCUCCUCUUCAUCAGCGGGGAGAGGUUGAUCUCCGACCCAGCCGGGGAGAUGACACGCGUACAGGACUUCCUGGGCCUCAGGAGGGUAGUCGGUCACAAACACUUUCACUUCAACCCAGCCAAGGGCUUCCCCUGUCUGAAGAGGCCGGAGGGGAAUAGUAAACCUCACUGUCUGGGGAAAACCAAAGGAAGGAUUCAUCCUAAUAUUGACCCUGAGGUGGUACAGAAACUGAGGGACUUUUAUCAACCUUUCAACAGGAGGUUUUAUCAGAUGACGGGACAUGACUUUGGAUGGGGUUCAUGGAGCUGAGCGACGGAGACAUUGAGUGAAUCCAAAAUGGAACCCUAUUCCCUAUGUAGCGCACUACCCUGGUCAAUAGUAGUGCACUAUAACAUUGGACAAAAUGGCACCCUCUUCCCUAUGAAGCGCACAACCCUGGUCAAUAGUAGUGCACUAUAACAUUGGACAAAAUGGCACCCUCUUCCCUAUGUAGAGCACUACCCUGGUCAAUAGUAGUGCAUUAUUGAGGUUGUUGUACACUAUUCUGGUGAAAUGUAGUGCACUACUGAGGUGUUAUGGUGCCCUUUCAGACAGAGAUGUUGUAUCUUUCUUUGAGGGGUUUUAGGUUGUAAUUGUAACAUUUUAGAGAUAUUGUUAUACUGUGUAUAUAAGGUGUGUAAAAAGUACAGAAGUCUAUUUUCUGAUAAUUUAUUUCUAGGAUAUUAUGAACUCACUGAGCUGCCUAUCCAUGUUUGUUGAGGAUCAUCACACAUCUUUACAUUCCUGUUUUUAAAAUAAUAGUUUGAAGGGCAUUUUGUAAUCUUGAAAUUACCUCAGAAAAAUACAUGUGCAGGAAUUGUGGAGAUGAAAAAUCUAACAGCAGAAUUGUGUUACGGGUAGCAGCACUCGACCAGCAGGGUUUAGGCUAGAGCUAUUGUUUCCCUUCAUCGACAUGCAAUGACUUCAUAAUGCUGCAUUGGCUCAUUCUCCCUACCUUUACCAUGUUGGUUUUAACAUGGCUGUACGAAUACCACACCAUCUCAGCAAGAAUGGUUCACUCACAAAGGUUGGUAGAAUGAGGACGUAGAAAUAUUGUAACGAGCAGAGAAUUAGGGUCAUUGAACACGGAGGAACUUCUCUGUAGCCGCUUGGUUUUUACAAGAUGUUAAUAACCACUCAAGGAGUCCAAAUCAACCUCCCUGCUCACUUAAUCGUUCACUACUUAUGACCAGGACCCAUGGGGCAUUUAGGGAACAGGGAACCAUUUGGGAUGCCCUCCCAGUGUCACUAUGACAGCUAUAUCAAUACAGUAAUAAUUCAUCAUCACAUCAAUUACACGUGAGUGAUGUCACAUUACAACUGAGUGAUGUCACAGUGCCGCUGAGUGAUGUCACAGUGCAGCUGAGUGAUCUGUAGUCCUGUUAGGUAAAGUUAACAGGACUGCUGUUGGAUCAGAUGUUAUCACCACAGCCCUCUGUAGUCCUGUUGGGUAAAGUUAACAGCUGUUGGAUCAGAUGUUAUCACCACAGCCCUCUGUAGUCCUGUUGGGUAAAGUUAACAGGACUGCUGUUGGAUCAGAUGUUAUCACCACAGCCCUCUGUAGUCCUGUUGGGUAAAGUUAACAGCUGUUGGAUCAGAUGUUAUCACCACAGCCCUCUGUAGUCCUGUUGGGUAAAGUUAACAGCUGUUGGAUCAGAUGUUAUCACCACAGCCCUCUGUAGUCCUGUUAGGUAAAGUUAACAGGACUGCUGUUGGAUCAGAUGUUAUCACCACAGCCCUCUGUAGUCCUGUUGGGUAAAGUUAACAGCUGUUGGAUCAGAUGUUAUCACCACAGCCCUCUGUAGUCCUGUUGGGUAAAGUUAACAGGACUGCUGUUGGAUCAGAUGUUAUCACCACAGCCCUCUGUAGUCCUGUUAGGUAAAGUUAACAGCUGUUGGAUCAGAUGUUAUCACCACAGCCCUCUGUAGUCCUGUUGGGUAAAGUUAACAGGACUGCUGUUGGAUCAGAUGUUAUCACCACAGCCCUCUGUAGUCCUGUUAGGUAAAGUUAACAGCUGUUGGAUCAGAUGUUAUCACCACAGCCCUCUGUAGUCCUGUUGGGUAAAGUUAACAGCUGUUGGAUCAGAUGUUAUCACCACAGCCCUCUGUAGUCCUGUUGGGUAAAGUUAACAGGACUGCUGUUGGAUCAGAUGUUAUCACCACAGCCCUCUGUAGUCCUGUUGGGUAAAGUUAACAGCUGUUGGAUCAGAUGUUAUCACCACAGCCCUCUGUAGUCCUGUUGGGUAAAGUUAACAGCUGUUGGAUCAGAUGUUAUCACCACAGCCCUCUGUAGUCCUGUUAGGUAAAGUUAACAGGACUGCUGUUGGAUCAGAUGUUAUCACCACAGCCCUCUGUAGUCCUGUUGGGUAAAGUUAACAGCUGUUGGAUCAGAUGUUAUCACCACAGCCCUCUGUAGUCCUGUUGGGUAAAGUUAACAGGACUGCUGUUGGAUCAGAUGUUAUCACCACAGCCCUCUGUAGUCCUGUUGGGUAAAGUUAACAGCUGUUGGAUCAGAUGUUAUCACCACAGCCCUCUGUAGUCCUGUUGGGUAAAGUUAACAGGACUGCUGUUGGAUCAGAUGUUAUCACCACAGCCCUCUGUAGUCCUGUUGGGUAAAGUUAACAGCUGUUGGAUCAGAUGUUAUCACCACAGCCCUCUGUAGUCCUGUUGGGUAAAGUUAACAGGACUGCUGUUGGAUCAGAUGUUAUCACCACAGCCCUCUGUAGUCCUGUUUGGUAAAGUUAACAGGACUGCCGUUGGAUCAGAUGUUAUCACCACAGCACUCUGUAGUCCUGUUGGGUAAAGUUAACAGGACUGCUGUUGGAUCAGAUGUUAUCACCACAGCCCUCUGUAGUCCUGUUGGGUAAAGUUAACAGGACUGCUGUUGGAUCAGAUGUUAUCACCACAGCCCUCUGUAGUCCUGUUGGGUAAAGUUAACAGGACUGCUGUUGGAUCAGAUGUUAUCACCACAGCCCUCUGUAGUCCUGUUGGGUAAAGUUAACAGCUGUUGGAUCAGAUGUUAUCACCACAGCCCUCUGUAGUCCUGUUGGGUAAAGUUAACAGGACUGCUGUUGGAUCAGAUGUUAUCACCACAGCCCUCUGUAGUCCUGUUGGGUAAAGUUAACAGGACUGCUGUUGGAUCAGAUGUUAUCACCACAGCCCUCUGUAGUCCUGUUGGGUAAAGUUAACAGCUGUUGGAUCAGAUGUUAUCACCACAGCCCUCUGUAGUCCUGUUGGGUAAAGUUAACAGGACUGCUGUUGGAUCAGAUGUUAUCACCACAGCCCUCUGUAGUCCUGUUGGGUAAAGUUAACAGGACUGCUGUUGGAUCAGAUGUUAUCACCACAGCCCUCUGUAGUCCUGUUGGGUAAAGUUAACAGCUGUUGGAUCAGAUGUUAUCACCACAGCCCUCUGUAGUCCUGUUGGGUAAAGUUAACAGCUGUUGGAUCAGACCACAUUUAUUGGGAACUCAAUGGUGCAUUGUUGUGUUAUUGUUGUUGAAAUGGAAAUUCAAAGUCUGCGAUUCAAUCCGAUCGCCCGUUGCAGUGCUCUUGACAUCAGAAAGUCAUUUCCAGCUGAGCCAACGUUAACAGAGGUUUACCUUGAAGGUCACCUCUGUGAACGUGGGAACAUUACCUCUGUGAACGUGGGAACAUUACCUCUUCGAACGUGGGAACAUUACCUCUGUGAUAGUGUGCAGCACUGUAGCGAGCCUUGAAUUGAAUCGUGACCAACGUCUUGCUAUUCAGGGCUCACAAUUCCUUUCUCCUAAGUCUGUGUAUGGGUGAGUUUUAUUCAUCCCUAUACAGAGAGAUACGCCAAUGACAAUGUUUCUACCCAUCAAAUAUGAUGAUAAUGUUAAUAAUGAUAAUGAUAAAAAAUCUGUAUCCAACUAUUUUGCUGCAUAGUUUCCAUUUUACAAAGAUGUAAAUGAGGCCGUUGUGAGUAACAUGGCGUCAUUGUUGUUAUUUCUUUCAAGUAAGGAAUAUAUCUAUUUUACCAAAACAAAAUGAUCCUCUGAAUGUCACAUUGUCAUAAAACUACACGACACCUUUGACAUGUGUUAUAACUACAUUAUAAACAAAUUAUACAGUCUUAUGACCAGCUUAUAAAGCCCCUGUCAUCUCUCCUCAUUGUCUUCGGUGACUACGUCAUUGGAGCCCUUAGCACUGAGCACAGUGGCACCAGAGGGGUUGUCUGACGCUGCCUUGAACCUCAUUAGCCAGACAGGUUAAUGAGCGCAGUUAGCAUUAGUGUUAGCGUUAGCGACUCAAUGGAACACUACCACGCUUGUCGCCAUGGUCACAGCACCAUGUGUCAGGUCCCUCUCUAAGCAGGAGAAGAGACAGAUGAUCAAAACACUGCCAUUCCUCUGAGAGCCUGAUAUUUGAUAACACCUGACACUGUAAAGAAGGAGAGCCUGAUAGUAGAUAACCCCUGACACUGUAAAGAAGUAGAGUCUGAUAGUAGAUAACCCCUGACACUGUAAAGAAGGAGAGCCUGAUAGUAGAUAACCCCUGACACUGUAAAGAAGUAGAGCCUGAUAGUAGACAACCCCUGACACUGUAAAGAAGUAGAGCCUGAUAGUAGAUAACCCCUGACACUGUAAAGAAGUAGAGCCUGAUAGUAGAUAACCCCUGACACUGUAAAGAAGUAGAGCCUGAUAGUAGAUAACCCCUGAUACUGUAAAGAAGGAGAGCCUGAUAGUAGAUAACCCCUGACACUGUAAAGAAGUAGAGCCUGAUAGUAGAUAACCCCUGACACUGUAAAGAAGUAGAGCCUGAUAGUAGAUAACCCCUGAUACUGUAAAGAAGGAGAGCCUGAUAGUAGAUAACCCCUGACACUGUAAAGAAGGAGAGCCUGAUAGUAGAUAACCCCUGACACUGUAAAGAAGAAGAGCCUGAUAUUUCAUAACCCCUGAUACUGUAAAGAAGGAGAGCCUGAUAGUAGAUAACCCCUGACACUGUAAAGAAGUAGAGCCUGAUAGUAGAUAACCCCUGACACUGUAAAGAAGUAGAGCCUGAUAGUAGAUAACCCCUGAUACUGUAAAGAAGGAGAGCCUGAUAGUAGAUAACCCCUGACACUGUAAAGAAGUAAUGUCAGGUCAACACGAUUGUUCAGUUUUUCGAUCGGUCAUUUUUUCGAAUUCCCUAUGAUUGGGUUUGUGUUGGAGGGAAUUGAUCAUCUGUAUCUGUAUGUAAGUGUACUAAAAUCAAAUCAAAUCAAACGUAUUUAUAUAGCCCUUCAUACAUCAGCUGAUAUCUCAAAGUGCUGUACAGAAACCCAGCCUAAAACCCCAAA